AUGUCGUCUUCACGUUCACAGAUCUGCUUGGUCGCCGCCGCAUUAACUCUGUCGUUUUUAGCGUCGGCGUUUGCCGACGACGUCGUUGUGUUGACGGAGGAGAAUUUCGAUAACGAGGUCGGUAAAGAUCGCGGAGCUCUCGUCGAGUUUUAUGCUCCUUGGUGUGGACAUUGCAAGAAGCUUGCUCCCGAAUUUGAAAAGCUUGGUGCAAGUUUUAAGAAGGCAAAGUCUGUUCUUAUUGGCAAGGUUGAUUGUGAUGACCAAAAGAGUCUCUGUAGUAAGUACGAUGUUUCUGGAUACCCCACCAUUAAGUGGUUUCCUAAGGGGUCUCUGGAGCCUAAAAAAUAUGAAGGUGGAAGGACUGCCGAAGCCCUUGCCGAAUUUGUUAACAAUGAAGGAGGUACAAAUGUGAAGAUUGCUUCAGUCCCUUCAAACGUUGUGGUCUUAUCUCCAGAGAACUUUGAUGAGGUCGUGCUUGAUGAGAAAAAGGAUGUCCUAGUUGAGUUUUAUGCCCCUUGGUGUGGUCACUGCAAGCAGCUGGCUUCUACCUACGAAAAAGUUGCAACAGCAUUCAAGCUGGAGGAAGAUGUGGUCAUUGCGAAUCUUGAUGCUGACCAACACAAGGAUCUUGGGCAAAAGUAUGGUGUUAGUGGUUUUCCCACGUUGAAGUUCUUCCCAAAGAACAACAAAGCUGGUGAAGAUUAUGAUGGUGGCAGAGAUUUAGAUGACUUUGUUACUUUCAUCAACGAGAAGUGUGGUACUAGCCGAGAUGGGAAAGGACAGCUGACUUCCAAGGCCGGUAUUGUGGAAAGCCUUGAUAACUUAGUGAAGGAAUUCAUAACCUCAACAAAUGAGAAGAAGAAAGAUAUACUCACGCGGUUGGAGGAAGAAGCUGAUAAGCUCCAGGGUUCCUCCGCCAGGUAUGGGAAGAUCUAUGUGAAAGCUGCUAAGAGCAGCCUGGAAAAAGGCUCCGAUUACGCUAAGAAUGAAGUUCUUCGUCUGGAGCGCAUUCUUGCCAAGUCAAUCAGCGCAACCAAGGCCGAUGAGUUUACACUGAAGAAGAAUAUUCUAUCGACCUUUACAUCUGACCAGUGA